CAGGUGUGACGAUUUUUUACACGCGACGUUAGCUUGCUGCUGUAUAUUUUUGUUUUACGUGCUGUUUCGCAUUAUUUUUGUGUGUGUGUUCUCCUCUCAUAUUGGCAUGAUUGACACAGAGAGCGGAACAGUGGAGGGCCAAAGUGAUGCUGCAGAUCCCACCAAUAAGAAUGAGGACACAGAGAAGAAGAAGAGGUCCCGUGUCAAACAGCUGCUUUGUGACGUGAAGAAGCAGGUGGAGUUCUGGUUUGGGGACGUCAACCUUCACAAGGACCGCUUUCUGAGAAAUCUAAUCGACGAGUCUGGAGACGGAUAUGUUGACCUUUCUGUCUUGACAAGCUUCAAUCGUAUGAAAAAGAUGACAACUGACACCAAGUUAAUUGCCAGGGCACUGAAGAGCUCAUCUGUAGUCGAGCUUAACCUCGAGGGAACUAAAAUAAGGCGUCAACUUCCAAUCAGAGAAGCUCCAAAUGAUGAAGAUAGUCGCACAGUUUAUGUGGAACUUUUGCCCAAGGAUGUUACUCACAGCUGGAUAGAGCGAGUGUUCACAAAAUGUGGACGCGUGGUGUAUAUUAGCAUCCCAAGAUACAAGACCUCGGGAGACUCCAAGGGUUUUGCCUUUGUUGAGUUUGAGAAGGCUGAACAAGCACGGAAAGCUAUUGAGAUGUUGAACAAUCCUCCUGAAGAUGCCCCCAGAAAACCAGGUCUUUUCCCAAAGACCCUAAGCAGGAAACCUCUCCCUCUACCUGCCAGCAAUCCAGCCUCAGGCGAAGAGGAGAAGAAGAAGCGAAAGAAAAAGAAAAAGAAAGAGGGUGUCAUUCAUGUUGAUAAAACCAAAGAUCAAGCAGUGGAAGCUGAGCUAUCAGAGCAAAAGAGGAAGAACCCGGCCACAGUCGGUUCUGAGCCAGAUGGGGUCAGCACGCAAAAGACGACGGGCAAAACAUCAGAAAAAAAGCGAAAACGAUCACAGCCCGCAGACGGAGCAGAAAGUGGAUUACCGUCCAAGAUGAGAAAAACUGAUGAAAGUGAAGCUGCAGAGGAGGAUGCAGCAAAGACCACCACAGAGCACCCAGUGGAAAAUAACAUGAAAACAGCAGUUGAGGAAGGGAAAGAAAACAGGGAUGAUUCGACCAUUAAAGCAAAGAGGAAGAGAAAAAAGAAACACAAGGAGAAGCUGAAAAUUGGAGAGGAGAUUAUCCCACUCCGGGUUCUAUCAAAAAAAGACUGGCUGCACUUGAAACAGGAAUACGUGACCCUGCAGAAGCGCAGCAUGGCCUCCCUGAAGAAGUGCAUUUCUAAGAUUAAUCAAGAAGAGCACAAGAGUGAUAUGGAACAUGAAAAUGAUCCUCAAGAUGAAAGCAAUGAGAAGAACACUAAGAAGGAAAAGGGGAUGAACCAGGGUCCUCAGUUUGCUAGCGGUGUUAUCCUGAAGAUUACAGACUCCAAGCCGCUACCAGGGAGAAAGAUCAUCAAAGAUGCCUUAUGCAGCAUAUCUCCAGUGGCAUACGUUGAUAUCUUAGAAGGAGAUGCUGAGGGUCACAUCCGCUUUCACACCCCACAGGAGGCUAAAGCCAUCUGUGACGCAACAGCGGAGCUACAGAAGGAGCACAGCUGGAAACUUGAGAUUCUCUCAGGUGACAGUGAACAAAGGUACUGGCAGAAGAUCCUGGUGGACCGACAGGUCAAGCUGAAUCGCCCACGAGAAAAGAAGCGGGGUACAGAGAAGCUGAUAUCCAAAGCCGAAAAAAUCAUCAGCUCCCGCACCAAGGAGGCUAAUAAGCACAUCCGCUUCCAAGAAGACUGAAAACUGCCCACGACCGUGUGUUUGAUGAGGUAAUUUGUAGAA